UGGGGGGAGGGGUGGGAUUCCUAGAUUAAAGGAGAAGCAAGGGGUGAGGAUACCGCUCCAUGGAAGAGCAUUUGACCACCAUGUGUGGGAGACCUGAGUUCAAUCUGAAGCGUUCAGGGUGGGCUGGUGGGAAAAAAGCCAAAGGACAUUGUGAUAAACCAGGCAAAGAAAGGCAAAUGCAUGUGUUUCCUUUUAUGUAUAAGAUACAAAGUUGAUUUUAAAGCAGAGACAAAGAAUGUGGUCCUGCAGCCUAGAGAGACCAUGGAAAGGGAGGUAUGAGAGAAGACCGUUAAUGGGCACAGAGCUGCAGUUUGAUAGGGGGAUUUAUUUAUUUAUUUAUUUAUUUAUCCACUUAUUGAUAGAUUUAUUAUUAACAAUAAACAAAGGAGGGAAAAUUUUUUUUGUUUCUUUUUAGUAUUAAAUUACAGGAAAAUAAGCCCAAAGCAUGGGUCUAGUGUGAUUUGACUGUCAUGGAAUUAUAAGAUUGUGAUCAUGCUCUAAUAAUUAAAGGCUACAUCCAUGUGGAGAAGUGGAGGAUGUUGGUGACACAGUUAACACUGGGAAUUGACCCUUCAGCUAGUCUCCAAAAAGAAUGACAGGGAAUGAGCCUGCUGAGGGGAAAGGGUUGGGACAGCAUUCUGCCCAGAAAGGAAUAGCAGUUUUUUAGACCCUUAGGCAGCACGGAGGGUGGUUCAUUUUGCUGGAGGAAUUUUUACAAUGUUAAUUUCAUUAAUUUGUUUAGCUUUCAUUUAUUUUACUUCCUUCGGGUUAAAAAGUCUUUCCCCUCCUUUCUGCCAGUCCGGGAUUCCAGAAUGCCAGCCUUAGGCUGUUGCCCCUAGCAGAGCACUCUCGCUGGGACAGCUGCACCUUCUGCUCUGGCAUCUGGCACUGCUUAGCCUUCUCCGCGUUUCUGUUUGAUUGCGUUUGGUUUUGGCCAAUCUAAGUAAUGUAAUUGAUAUCUUAUUUUUGUUGUAACCCGAUUUUUCUGAUCGUGAAUAAAUCUUUUGUCCUAUGUCUGUAGGCUUGGUGAGGUAGUGGGGGUCUGAAGUGUCCAAAGUGGGAGGGCCUGUUGAGGCAUCAAGGUUGGGAGGGUCCCAGGGGAGCUGCGUGCAGGGGACCUGGGGCAGCUUGAAGGCACAGAUCGGGGGUGGAAGCUGCGGGUACUCGGGUCGGAUUCACAGAUGGGUUGAGAGCAAGCAAGAGCUACAGAGAGCUACCGAAUUACCCCCCCCCCCACACACACACACACACCCGCCCCUCCACCCGCUCUGCGCGCUCCCGGUUCUGAGCUCUCCUCGCCCUGGCAACUAAGCAUCUAGCAAGGGCGCAGCGCGGAACAGCAGCAUGGAGGAGGAGCUGUCUUGGGAGACCCACGGCUUGCUUCCCCUGGAGAGACAGCUCCAUGAGGCCUCACGAAACAAUCAGGUGGGGAAGAUGAAGGAGCUGCUUGGGAAGAGGGUUAACAUCAGGGCUAGAAACCACGUGGGCAGAGUGGCCCUACACUGGGCUGCAGGUGGUGGGCACGAGCAGGCUGUGCGGCUGCUCCUGGAGCACGGGGCUGCUGUGGAUGACGUGGACUCGUUUGGAAUGACCGCACUCCUCCUGUCUGCCUGGUUCGGCCACCUGCAGAUUGUGCAGAUCCUGGUCAAUGCUGGGGCCAGGGUCCACUGGGAAAGCAAGGAUGGUUUGACCUUACUACACUGUGCUGCUCAGAAAGGCCACAUGCCAGUGCUAGCCUUCAUCAUGGAAGACCUGGAGGAUGUGGCCUUGGACCAUGCAGACAAGCUGGGAAGAACAGCGUUUCACAGAGCUGCUGAACAUGGACAGCUGGAUGCUCUGGACUUCCUCGUGGGUUCUGGCUGUGACCACAGUGUCAAGGACAAGGACGGGAACACGGCCCUGCACCUGGCUGCCAGCCAGGGUCACAUGGAUGUGCUACAGAGACUUGUGGACAUUGGGCUAGACCUGGAGGAACAGAACACAGAGGGCCUGACUGCUCUGCAUGCAGCCGCUGAAGGGAUCCAUGCGGACUGUGUGGUGUUUCUCCUCAGUGCUGGGAGCAAUGUGAAUGCCCUCACCCAGAAAGGGCUGAGCUGCUUCCACUACGCAGCCCGCAGUGGCUCCGAGGACAUGUCCCGAGCACUUGUCAAGGCAGGAGGGCGCACAGAUGUGGCUGACAAGGGCACCACUCCUAUGCACCUUGCUGUGAAGCACAACUUCCCUGGCCUUGUUCAGCUCCUCAUAGAAGCCCACAGUGAUCUGGAUGCAAUGGACAUUAGGCAGCAGACUCCCCUCCACCUUGCCGCCGAGCACGCCUGGCAGGAUGUAGCAGAGAUGCUCCUCAUUGCUGGAGCCGACUUAAGCCUGAGAGAUAAGCAAGGGAAAACAGCCCUGGCAGUGGCUGCCCGUAGCAACCACAUCAGCCUGGUGGACAUGAUCAUAAAAGCUGAUCGUUUCUACCGAUGGGAGAAGGACCACCUUUCAUGCAGGGAUGACAGUGACCUCUCUAGGAAGAACUUAACCUUUAAGCAAGACCAUCGGCAGGAGACGCAGCAGCUCCGCUCCGUGCUUUGGCGACUAGCCUCCCGGUAUCUGAGGCCCAAUGAGUGGAAAAAACUGGCCUAUUCCUGGCAGUUCACAGAGGCUCAUGUCUGUGCCAUUGAGCAACAGUGGACAGGAACUAGGAGCUACCAGGAGCAUGGUCACCGGAUGCUGCUCAUCUGGCUGCAUGGUGUGGCCACAGCUGGGAAGAACCCCAGCAAAGCACUGUUCGAGGACCUCAUGGCCAUUGGCAGGAGAGACUUGGCAGAAAGCACCAGGAAGAUGGCAAACGGUGAGCCCACGGCCCCCAGGAGGUGUACAGUCAUGUGAGCUUCUGGAACGCCUGGAGACUACCUGCACGGAAGAGGAUGUCUAUAAGGGCUUUCCGGGCAGCCUCUGCACACAGACCUCCAGCUGCCGCUACCGAACAUGGAGCCCAGCAGGAAAUGCCAGCACUUUUUGAAGGAUGGGCCAUGGGUCUAUUCUAGGUUUUCUGGGUCAUCGUGUCCCAGGAGUGUGGCCCUUCUUUCUAGCUCUCGACUUAUUUUGUUGUGUUCGUGAGGGUGCAUAUGUAUGUGCCUGUGUCACGGGCGUGUGGAGGCCAGAGGACGCUUGGUGGGGUAUUCCUCCCCAGGCACUGUCCAUCUUGGGGUUUUCUUUUUGUUGUUGUUGUUUGAAACAGUCUGUCUGUAUGUUCCCAGCAGUCAUGGAAUACCUUGUGUUUUUGAGGCAAGGCCUCUCAUUGGCUUAACUAGUCUGACUGGCCAGUGAGCCCAGUGACCCUCCUGCUUUGUCUCUCUGUGCCCCGGUUUUGAUGUGGGUUCUGAGGAUCAAACUCAGUUCCUCAGGUUGCAUGGCCAAUGCUGUACCAACUGAGCUCUUCUCCCCAAGCCUCUCCGCUCAUUCUCACCGCCAGCCAUCACCGUAGAGCAUCGGGAAGCACCCCUGAGGUCUGUACAGCCAGGGAGGAAAAACAGCUUACCCAGGUCAUUCCACAAUUCAAGCUACGUCAAACCAGCAGCCCUCCAACCCCAGCCUGCAGGAAGGGCCUCAUUCAUUCAAACUGGACAGUCCUUAACUCAUCAAGGACAACUCAGUGCUCCCUAGGGCUAGGCAGACAGGAGCUGCCCAGCUGAUUCCACAGCUGUUUGCAUUUAGUGCAUUUGUAUAAUCGAGAGCCCAGGAGGCAGGCGCUCUGCUGCUCUUCCCUCUGAUCAGGAAAUUGGAUAUAUGAUGGGAUAUAUAACUUUUUAAGUGUUUCUUUGGUCUUUUUUAUCUUGAAGUCACUUCAGACUUACAAAAAAGAUUGCAAAAUAGAACUGAGAAUGUUCAAGUGUUCUGCACACAGCCUCUCUAAACAUCAACUCUUGCAUAACUACUGUGUGGAUUUGUAAACCCAGGAAGUUAGAGGUGGGAGAGGUGGCUCGGUGGUUGAGAGCAUUGUUCUUGCAGAGGACUCUGAGAUCAGUUCCCUGCACCCAUAUGGCAGCUUAGAGCUAUUCAUAGCCCUCACCCUAGGUGAUCUGACACUCUCUUCUGGCCUCCAAUGUUACUGCUUGUACGUGGUGGUGGUGGUGGUGGUGUGUGUGUGUGUGUGUGUGUGUGUGUGUGUGUGUGUGUGUGCAAACAUUCAUAUAUAAAAAAACUUUUCUAAAAUUUAGGAAAUUAGCAGUUUAUAAACUACUCAUUAAUCUCAAACCAUAUUCAAAUUUUGUCAAUGUUCUGUCACCUCUUAGGAUCACAGAUUACAUUUAGACAUUUGUGUUGCUAUUCUGUUUCUUUGGUGCUGACAUAUGCUAAAUACCGCUAUACCACCGAGUUUACAACUUCAGUCUUUGCUUUUGCUUUAGAUAGGGUCUCUCCAGGUAGCCCACGCAGGCCUCAAACUUGAGAUUUUCCCACUCUAGCCUCCCAAAUAUGGAGAUUAUAAGACAUACACGACCAAACACCCCUGGCGUAACUUUUACCCAUUUAUUGAGUGUGUCACACCUGUGGAGGUCAAAGGAUAACUUGGCAGAGUUAAUUCUCUCCCUUGACCUUGUGGGUCCUGGGGUUGGAGUCAGGUCAUCAGACACGAGGGCACUUUCACCCACUGAGUUGUCUGCUGGGCCCCUCCUCCCUCUCAUAAAAGAUUUUAGAUUUAAAAUGUUUCUUUUCUGUCUGUUUUGCAUGCUUGUAUAUAUGCACACCAUGUAAAUGGUUGGUACCCUAAGAGGUCAGAAGAGGCAUCAGAUUCUCUGAAACUGGGGUUCCAGAGCUCAUGAACCAGUGUGGGUUUUAGGAACAGAACCCAGGUCCUCUGCAGGAGCAACAAAGUAUCCUUAACUGCUGUGCCAUCUCUCAGCCCUCGUCUUAGUCCCAACAAGAGGGCUCUGGGACAGCAUGCCCAGUUAAACAUGCUGAAUCGUCAGGAUAGUUCCUAGCUGCACAUCCAGGAUGGACCCACUGGCCAUUGUGGCUACGGAGCAGUAGGUAUGGCCGGGAACUGAAUUCUCAGUUUUAUCUAAGUUUUUGUCUUCCCCCAACCCCUGAGACAGAGUCUCUCUGUGUAGCCCUGGCUAUCUUAGAACUCUCUGUGUAGACCAGGUUGGUCUCUAACUCACAGAGAACUGCCUGCUUCUGCCUCCGGAAUGCUGGGAUUAAAGGUGUGUGCCACCACUGUACAGCCCAUGUUAUUUAGUUUUAACUAUUGAAAAAAAUAGUGGUAGUUUUGUUUUUCCAUUUUUUUUUCUUUUUUUUUUCGGAGCUGGGGACCGAACCCAGGGCCUUGCGCUUGCUAGGCAAGCGCUCUACCACUGAGCUAAAUCCCCAACCCCGUUUUUCCAUUUUUUAAUAGUACUGGGGUUCAUGAUAGGCAUGAAUUGUACUUAUACCCCAAUUUAUCUGAAUUUUAAGCAAGCAAAUGGCAAGCUUCCUGGACAGCAGAGCUAGACUGCAGCUUUACUCUGAAGUGUCAGGCAAGCACAGCUCGUGUGUGUGUGUGUGUGUGUGUGUGUGUGUGUGUGUGUGCACCAGUAGGAAAAUGUGGUUCCAGGGGCUGUGACUCCGGAAGUGUGGUUGUCUACCAUGAGUCAGACGCUGUGAGACAACCUACUAGUGGUCGCCAGAGGGACUGCGGUCUCAGGAGGACACAGCUCAGAAGAGCAGCACAGUUCUCCGCUGGGCAGGAGACAGAAUGGAAGCAGGUGGACCUGGAAGAGGCUUUGGUCGUCGCAGGUGGCCGUCCCUCCCCCCUGGUCUAGUCGCCACUUUCUUUCCUGUCCUCCCCACCUUCCUCCCUUCCUUCCUUAUUUUAAUCUAACAGUCCCUCUUUCCUUCCAUCCCUCCCUCCAUUUCUCGCAGACUUAUUUCCAUACUGUGUUAUAUACAGGGGUAUACAGAUAUACUUUUUUUUAGACAAGGUCUCAUUACAUAGCUCUUGCUGGCCCUGAACUUGCUGUAUAAACCAGGCUGGCUUCAAACUUGGGAAGAAGCUUUGUGCCUUCGCUUCCCAAGUGCUGGGAUCACAGCUAUGUAUGCACCACAGCACCUGUCCAACACAAACAUACAAUCUAGGCUGUUAAAAUACAAUCUAGACUCCUGUCCCACUAAACACACAGAAAAACCGUUAGCUCUUCCAGGUUUGAGGCUGGGUCUCCCCAGAUUGGUGCCAAAAAAGAACCAUCUCUUCAUGGCAUAAGAAACAGCUGAGCCAGCAGCAUUCCCAGGACCCGAGGGGAGGAAAGAAGAAAGAAAUAACUGGAGGGUGGUGGGAUUCUAGCCCAACUUCCAGAAGGCCUGACUGGCUCUAGACCUCUGGGAUGGGAGUAAGUCUGGACCCAUAGUUGGAGCUAGGUCCAAUGUCCGUGUUCCCUUAGAACCCAUGGACCUUGGAUGCUCUCUUACUGAGUGGGCGCUGGUGUCAGAAGCUGGCACUGUCCGUGCAGUGAGGUGCUGCUCCGGGGCCUGCCAUACGGUUAUGGUUGCUGUUGAACUCUAACUUUUCUUUUUAAGUGGGUAACCUCACAGUUGCUGCUCCAGACCCAGCUGGUGCCCCGUGGGCUGACUGCUCCCCUCCCUUGCUCCUCAUUGCCUGACAGUGCAGCCUCUCAGGCCACACACUGAGCUGCAGGGUUCAGGCCAGGGCACAGAGGCGCAGGUGUGCAGCCCAGUGUGACAGUCAACUGCAGCCGAAGAUGCCGAUGCAAGGAGCCUUCCCAGCCUGCACGGUACACAGGAGGUCUUCCUGUUGUCCCAAACAGGGACCUUGUCUCCCUAUGUAGCCCAAGUUGGUCUCAAACUCCCUUUUGUCCUGCAGCAAUCCCUGGGUGCUGCAAUUACAGGGGUCACCCACUCACCUUGCCUGAAGUUCUUUAUCUCCAUGGCACUUCCAAACGUUUAUAACUUUUUUCCCAAAUAAAACAACCAAUUGUCUUCUAGAGAUUGUUAAAAUAAAAACUGCUUUGUCUGCACAACGGAAUAGUACAUGGUGGUGAAACAGAGACUACAUAUUGUUAUGGAAGGAGCUUCAAGAUCAAUUCAGUGAAAAAGAAAUCAAGUUAUGGAUCAAUGUGUAACUGCUUACUGCUCGACAACAGAAAGUGUCUUUUUAUCUGUAGAUGUUUUUAUAAAUAAAAGCUAGAAGAAAGCUCAGAA